AUGGACCAAUGGCUUCGACCUGUCUUUACAAGGACAAGAACACCAGUUCAAUCCACUCCAAAUGAUCGUUCCGAAGAUCCUCAUGAAGCUGAAGAUACCAUGAAAACUAUCCGCCCCAGCUCGCGCGUCUCCUCCUAUAUGGGAUUUCGCUCUUCCAGUACGGAAGAAUCGUCCCCUUCAGGCUCUUCGAUUACCACAACUGAAUGGGAAGUAGAUCCCACACAACAAAUUACCUCACCACCUGCUCUCGAAACUCCUAGAAGCCCAGGUCAUGCGUCUAGACAGGAGGAAGGUAUACAGCAGGAAAGAACAGUAGGAUCGCGACGUAAUGAACAUUCUUCAGUCCAAGAAACGGAAAGUUUUUACUCAGCAGUAGACAGCCAACCAGGAUCUCGCUUAACAUCAUUACAACUCGAUGCGUUAGAGCGACAACAUGCUACUGAAGAACUCGGUGUAGCAUUUGACUCUGAAUCUGAAUCGGACGAUACUAGUUCCCACUCAGCUAUUACAGAAGGUCAAUGUCUUACUCCAAAUCCUACGCCAAGUCACCCAGACAUUAAAGAGAAGCCACUCCCAGAUAUUCCAACCAGUGAUCCAGAAAUUGAUCCUUUCUUUUCAAGUGAGACAGAUCAUUCACAACCAUGGGUUAAUACACAAGACGAUGAACACGCAUCCUCUUCCAUCGACUCCAGACAAGGAUUUUCAUUUAAAACAGGUGAUGAUUCACCAUCCAUGUUACAUGAAAUUUCAAAAGAUACCUUGCGGAAAAGUAACACGGUACCAGUCCAAGCAAGUCGUCUUUCUUAUGUUAUGAAUAAUGAAGAUGAAUUUGUGGCAACACCGAGACUGGCAGAUUCAAAAUUUGAGCUUAAACCGAUACGGGGAAUUAUGGAGGCGAAAAGUGGUGCGAAUUUCAAUGUGAAUACGAUGCCAAGUGGUUCUUUUGAGAAAGAAAAAGAAAAGGAAAUGGAGAGGGGAAAUGAUAAGGGGUUGAGACAGCAGUUGGGAAUGGGUAUGGGAGUGGGAAGGGACAUUGAGAGAACUGAUUCGAGUAGUAGUUUUAUUACUGCUGUGAGGGAUAAUUCGGGGAGGAGUGAGGGGGGUCGAUUAGGAAGGAGGAAGGGAAGUGGGACUGGAACUGGGAGUGGGAAUGGAGGUGGAGGUGGAGGAAGACAGAAAAAUGCGCAGGGAACGGCGGUUAUGGCUGCAGUAAGAGCGAUAGCAGCAAAAGAGAAGUUGAUAGGAGAGAAGUUGAUAGGAAAGAAGUUGAUAGAAGAGAGGGUCUACCAUUUAGUCCCGAGCGGAGUCCACCGGGGAGUCAAGCUGGUGGGGGUAGAAGUAGGGAGUGAAGAGUGGAGAUGGAGAGUGAAGAUUGAAUUGAAGAUGAGGUAUGGGAUGAAGUUGUAUGGGGUAGAAAUGAGUUGUGAGAUGAAGUUGUACGGAGGUGUGAGAUGGGAUGGAAUGGAAUGGAAGAAAGGUUGGAGAAGGGGUGUAGGAUGGAAGAGUAUAGAAUUAAUGGUGCAUCUUGUGAUAUGGACGGAUACACGGAAACGGAGGUUGCUAUUCGAAUUACUGAGUAUACUCGGAAUUACAUAA